AUGGCAUCUGUUGAUCCAACAAUUGCUUCAACUGUUGCUGCCGCUGAUUCAGCACAGAAAGCUUGGGAUGCAUUGCACAUCGCAUAUGCGAACAAGUCCCAAACCAGAAUUUUCAGUCUUCGCGAUCGGCUUGCGAGACUCACAAAAGACUCCCAACCAGUCACUGAUUAUUUGCAGCAGAUUCGAUCUAUUUCUGAUGAACUAUCUACUGCAGGUGCCCCGGUCACAAACUCUGAACUUAUUGUUAAAGUCCUGAGUGGUUUAGGUCCAGAAUUCCGUGAGAUCUCAGCUGCAAUCCGUGCUCGUGACUCCACUAUCACGUAUGAAGCACUCUAUGAAAAGCUUCUUGAUCAUGAGCUUUUCCUUAAACAUGAAGAGUCUAAGAAAGCUCCUAGCCCGAUUACUGCUGCUGCUGCUACAUUCAACAGGACUGAUAACAACAAAGCUCACAGAGAUACAGUCUCCUCUGCCUGUGCUCCAACAGAAUCUGCUCCAGGUACGUCUCCCUCUUCUUCCCCAACAAAUUUUGUUGCUCCUCCUUCUCUCAAUGAUCCCCAAUCCUAUCCCCCGUUGCCAGCUCGAACAGUUAUCUAA